AUGCAAAUUCAAGUUCAAAAACACCACAAACUCAAGUUCAAACAUGACACAAACUCAAAUUCAACAAACGCCACAAACUCAAGUUCAAACACGAAACAAACUCAAGUUCAAAAACCACACAAACUCAAGUUCAAAAAACACUCAAACUCAAUUCAAACACGACACAAACUCAAGUUCAAAAACCACACAAACUCAAGUUCAAAAAACACUCAAACUCAAGUUCAAACACGACACAAACUCAAGUUCAACAAAAACCACAAACUCAAGUUCAAACACGACACAAAAUCAAGCUCAACAAACGCCACAAACUAA